GAAAGAGAGGAGGACGGCAUUGGCGUUUCUCUACAAGUAGGGUGCAUUGUUGCUCUACAUGUGAAACGUCUGUAUGAGUGACGCACACAACCACAGCACUCCACCACCAUGGGCCAGCGAAGGAGGGGGGUGGCUGCAUCUCCUGGGGGCCCCCAAGCAAACAGACACCCUGACGGGCUCACAGUAGCUCCCCAGGCCCCAACCAGGAAACACAACAUUUGCAUGGUGUCAGACUUCUUCUACCCCAACAUGGGAGGGGUGGAGAGCCACAUCUAUCAACUAUCCCAGUGUCUGAUCGAGAAGGGCCACAAGGUGGUGAUCGCCACCCACACCUACGGCUGCAGGAAGGGGGUCCGCUACCUGACCAACGGGCUCAAGGUCUACUACCUGCCCCUGCAGGUGAUGUACAACCAGUCCACCGUCACCACCUGCUUCCACAGCCUGCCACUACUGCGCUGUGUGUUCGUCAGGGAGCGCAUCACCGUGGUGCACGCCCACAGCUCCUUCUCCGCCAUGGGACACGAUGCACUGUUCCACGCCAAGACCAUGGGCCUCAACACGGUGUUCACUGACCACUCCCUCUUCGGUUUUGCUGACGUCAGCUCGGUGCUGACCAAUAAGCUGCUGACUGUAUCUCUGUGCGACACCAAUCACAUUGUGUGCGUGUCAUACACCAGUAAGGAGAACACAGUGCUCAGGGCAGGGCUUGACCCCGAGAUUGUUUCUGUCAUCCCCAAUGCUGUCGACCCCAGAGACUUCACCCCCGACCCCUCCCAACGGCAUGACGACAGGAUCACCAUCGUUGUGAUCAGCCGUCUCGUCUACCGCAAAGGAAUAGAUCUUCUGGGAAGGAUCAUCCCAGAGCUCUGUCUGAAACAUCCAGAUCUACAUUUUCUGAUUGGUGGAGAGGGACCUAAGAGAAUCGUGUUGGAGGAAGUGAGAGAGAAAUACCAACUACACGACAGGGUGCAUCUCCUGGGGGCCCUGGAGCAUAAGGAUGUGCGUGGGGUGUUGGUCCAGGGACAUAUCUUCCUCAACACCUCCCUGACUGAGGCCUUCUGCAUGGCCAUAGUGGAGGGAGCCAGCUGUGGACUACAGGUGGUAAGUACGCGUGUUGGAGGGAUCCCAGAGGUUCUGCCUGAGCAUCUGAUCACCCUGUGCGAGCCCACCGUGCAUUCUCUGUGUGCCGGCCUGGAGAGUGUCAUCGCUAGGCAACUAUCGGGCCGCGUUGCCUCCCCCGCCACCAUCCACGCCCACGUCCGCACCCUGUACACCUGGAGGAACGUCGCAGAGAGAACAGAGAAGGUGUAUGACUGCGUCGCUGGGAAGGAGGUUCUUCCUCUGGAAAGACGGCUGCUCAGACUGAGGGCCCACUGUGGCCCCGUGGCAGGCUCCAUCUUUGCCCUCUUUGCUGUUCUCGACUUCCUCUUCCUGCUCCUCCUCCGCUGGCUCCUCCCAGACCGCCUCAUAGAUAUUGCCAUGGACGCCACGGGCCCUCAGGGGUUGUGGAGGCGGUGCUUGGUCGAUAGGAAAGGAACUCGCUCUAAAAGUGCCGUCUUGACAAAGGAGGAGUCAGGUGGUCACAAGACCAAGCUAUGAUCACAACUCCAAGCAGGCACAAAUCCUUAUCCUCAAUUGUUAUACAACUCCUGAAAAUACAGAUAUUUUUACAUUUUUUACUUGAUAACCGACCCCACUACCUUAUGACCUGUGGAGACUGACCACUCGUUGCAGAAUGUUUUAGGGGGAACCCGUGUGUUUACAAUAGGAUUGUUUUUUUGUUUUUUAAAAACUUUUUUUGUUUUCUUUUCCUCUAUAUAUUUAAUGUAUUAUUUCUUAAACUUUAUAUGAUCAAAAGGAUCAAUACUUUGUAGUUAUGUUUCUUUUGUAAUGUUAUUUCUUUAAAUUCUUCUGAGUGGCAGCCCAAAUCAAAUCUAAUUUUAUUUGUCACAUGCGCAGAAUACAACCGGUGUAGACCUUA